AUGAAUUCAAAGGAGGACUCCCUUUUCCCUUUCUUGAACCAAAUGAAAGGUACAAUCCUCACCGAUCCAUCCAGCUUGAGCGGUCAAUCAUUCGAUAUCGUCAUCGUUGGUGGUGGAUUGACAGGUGCUGUUGCCGCAUCACGCUUGUCGGCAAACAGUGCUAAGAAAAUCCUAUUGGUAGAAGCAGGACGCGAUUCACGUAAUGAUGACAAGAUCAAAUCAUUCAGUGCAUACACUCAAGCAUUCGGCGAUAACAAAUAUGAUUGGGAUUUCAAAACUGAACCUCAACCACUUUCAAACAAUAAGCAAUAUCCAAUGCAUCAAGGUAAAGGCUUAGGUGGAAGUACGAGUAUCAACGGAGGCGCAUUCACCCUUCCUCCCGCUUCACAAAUUGAUGCCCUCGGGGAGUUGGGUAAUGAUGGCUGGAGUUGGGACACAUUAAAGCAAUACAAUAUCAAAUUUCAAAAUUACAAACAACCAACUGCAGAUCAAGUGAACAAAUUGAAAGUCAAAGUUGAUGCGAGCGCUCACGGAACAAAUGGUCCGGUCACGAUUGGUUUCAGUGAUCAGAUGUAUUUAGGUCCACAAGAAGACCUCUUUAUUCAAGCACAAAAGGAAGCAUUCAAUGCACCCGCAUUUGUUGAUUUGGGAACGGGAAAUGCUGGAGGUGGUUCUGGAAUGAUUCCACAAUACACCAUUCCUGAUUCAGGCGCACAACGCUUGCGUGUUAGUUCUGCAACUGCCUAUUUGACUGAAGAUGUUGAGAAACGUUCAAACUUGGUCAUCUUGACAAAGACAAGAGCAACAAAAAUACUCUACGCAAGUGGAAGUCAUGGAGAUGCUCAAGCAUCAGGUGUUCAAUUGCAAUCCGGCAAAGACGGACAAAAGUAUAAAGUCAACGCAAAGAAUGUCAUCGUGGCUGCUGGAGCGAUCCGAACACCAGUCUUUUUGGAACAAUCAGGUAUCGGUGAUAAAUCGAUCGUGUCUGGGCUUGGUGUCACUUCAAGAGUUGAUCUUCCAGGUGUGGGUAGAAAUCUAUGUGAACAACAAAAGAAUAACGUCAAUUCUGGAAAGGCAACACAAGACCUUGGCGCUCAAAGUGGUAGUCCAUCUUCGGCAAUUUCACUCAAUACUAUCAACCAGAUCAUGAAAGGUAAUUCAAGCGACGUUCGUUCGUAUAUCGAGAGUAACAUCGAUCAAUGGGCUCAACAAGCAGUCGAUGCAGGCGCUUCAGCAAGUAAGGAUGGUCUGGUUAGUCAAUACAAACUCAUGGUCAAGGGUAUCUUUGAAGAACAAUGGCCUGUGUCAGAGACAUUCUUCAUCACCCUUGGCGACUCUUUCAUGCAACAGAUGUGGGCUUUGUUAAGCUUCUCUCGUGGUUAUGUUCACGCCACCUCAAGUAAUACAUGGGAUGCACCUAAGCUCAACCCACGUUAUUGGUCUGCACCGAUUGAUAUGGACAUUCAAGUAGCGGCAAAUCGUGGAGCACGAAGAAUCUUCAACACAAAUGCAAUGAAGUCCGAUUUGCAAAGUGCGGAAUCUAUGCCUGGAUAUGACAAAAUUCCACAAACAUCCGACCAAGGUGAUUACAACCAGUGGAGAGACUACAUCUUGAACGGGUUUGAAAGUGUUUGGCAUCCGAUCGGAACGGCAGCAAUGAUGCCGCGUAAUUUAGGAGGAGUGGUAGAUUCUCAAUUCAAAGUGUAUGGAACAAGUAACAUCUUUGUGAUUGAUUCAAGUAUUUUGCCUAUGCAACUUUCUACCCAUCUCUCCUCUACGUUGUACGCGAUCGCAGAACGCGCAGCCGACAUUCUUGGCAAGCUUUGAACGGUCUCCUAGCUUUCAUUGUAUUUUUAGGACAUUGAUCCCCCUGUAUCAUUCAGAGAAAUCUACUUCAUUUCCAAAAUUGUCGUGCUAUUUGAAGUGAUAUUCACCUCCUGAGCUAUUUUUGUUCACAUUCGGAGCCUUUUUAGGAGCUGGGCACCUGUUGAUUUAAACAGCG